GACCUUGAACGCAGCCAGGCCAACGUCCGAUCCUGCUGGGGACGGGGGAGCAGGGGGAAGCGACGCCGAGAAAGCGAGUGCACCAGACAGGACGAGAAGGACACGGGGAGCCGGGUAGAGCUUUCGGGCACAGCCACCGGCUGGCCGCUCCCUCCCCGAACCAGUACCCAGGAACGCGCGUCCCGAUACCCAGUCCGGCCACUGCCGCGGACAGUGCGCCACUCGCGGCAGCGAGGCCUGGGGAGGCCCCGCAGGGACCACCUCCCCCCAGCCCGCCGGGCCGCCCGGAUGUGCACUAAAAUGGAACAGCCUUUCUACCACGACGACUCAUACGCAACGGCGGGCUACGGCCGAGCCCCUGGCGGCAUCUCUCUACACGACUACAAACUCCUGAAACCGAGCCUGGCGAUCAACCUGGCCGAUCCCUAUCGAGGCCUUAAAGCUGCCGGCGCGCGGGGCCCCGGACCAGAGGGCAGCAGCGGAGGGAACUACUUUUCUGGCCAGGGCUCGGACUCGGGCGCGUCUCUCAAGCUUGCCUCGUCGGAGCUGGAGCGCCUGAUCGUCCCCAACAGCAACGGCGUAAUCACGACGACACCCACGCCACCAGGACAGUACUUUUACCCCCGUGGGGGUGGCAGCGGCGGAGGUUCAGGGAGUGCAGGGGGAGGCGUCACCGAGGAACAGGAGGGCUUCGCCGACGGUUUUGUCAAAGCCCUGGACGACCUGCACAAGAUGAACCACGUGACGCCCCCCAACGUGUCCCUAGGAGCCAGCGGGGGUCCCCCGGCCGGCCCCGGCGGCGUCUACGCGGGCUCCGAGCCGCCUCCGGUCUACACCAACCUCAGCAGCUAUUCCCCGGCCUCUGCAUCCUCCGGAGGUUCCGGGGCCGCCGUCGGGACCGGCAGUUCGUACCCGACGGCCACAAUCAGCUACCUCCCACACGCACCGCCCUUCGCCAGCGGCCACCCUGCGCAGUUGGGCCUGGGCCGCGGCGCCUCCACCUUCAAGGAGGAACCACAGACGGUGCCAGAGGCUCGCAGCCGCGACGCCACGCCGCCGGUGUCCCCCAUCAACAUGGAAGAUCAGGAGCGCAUCAAAGUGGAGCGCAAGCGGCUGCGGAACCGGCUGGCGGCCACCAAAUGCCGGAAGCGGAAGCUGGAGCGCAUCGCACGCCUGGAGGACAAGGUGAAGACACUCAAGGCCGAGAACGCGGGGCUGUCGAACACUGCCGGCCUCCUCCGGGAGCAGGUGGCCCAGCUCAAACAGAAGGUCAUGACUCACGUCAGCAACGGUUGCCAGCUGCUGCUGGGGGUCAAGGGACACGCCUUCUGAGCGCCCCCCACCCCGUACGGACACCUCUCCAGACUGGACGGCUGGGCGCACGCCUCCCAGGGGGGCGAGGAGGCAGGCGAUGGACAUCCGCCCCGGGGCCCGGGGGCGCCACAACCACACUGGACUCGGGCCCGCCCGCUCUCGCCCAAUCCUUCCACCUCGACGUUUACAAGCUCCCCUUCAACGUUUUUUUUUUUUUUUUUUUUUCUGCUGGAAACAGACGCGAUUCAUAUUGAAUAUAAUAUAUUUGUGUAUUUAACAGGGAGGGGAGGAGGGGCGACCGCGGCGGAGCUGGCCCCGCCGCCUGGUACUCAAGCCCAAGGGAACACUGGGGAGGGGACCCCCGCCCCCUACCCUCCCCCCUCUGCAUCGUACUGUGGAGAAGAAAUAGGCAUCUGGUCUCAAGAGUUUAUUUUAAGAUGUGUUUGUGUGUGUGUGUGCGUUUGUUGUUCUGACUUUUUAUUGAAUUUAUUUAAGUAAAAAAAAAAUGGUUCUUUA